AUGGAAAGUGGUGGUAAUAUUAAAACGUUAAGCGAUUACGAAAGUCCUAAAUCAUCUAGAAGAUUAGUUCAACAAUAUAAUGACGAAGAAAUGAAUGAUUAUGAUUAUAAACGUUACGAUCAAAGAUCGGGAGGUGGAGGCGAUGAUGGAUGGGGAACUACAGCAUCUUAUUCUAAAGAUUUAGAAUGGGAUGAUUAUGAUGAGAGAACAAAAGGUAGUGACAAAUCCUAUUCCUCUAGAGGGGCUCAAAAAUGGGGUUCUUAUAAUACUAAAGAUCGAGCUCCUUCUUAUUCAAAAGGUGCUACUGUUGAUAGAUAUGACGAUUGCAGAACUUCUUAUCCGGGUGAUCGUGGUGAUAAGUAUUAUGGAGGCGGCGUUGGUAAUACUACGAGCGGAGGAAGUGUCAGUGGCAAUGGUGGCAGCAGGUCUUAUCGUGAUACUAAACAAUACUAUGAAAGUGAUAGUUACGAAUGGGAUCGUUAUAAUUACCCCACCGAUACUAAAAAAACGAAUUAUCCGGAUAGUCAAGAUUGGAAUAGAAGUGAUUACAAAGGCAAUAAUAAAUCUUACGCAAAAGAUCAAGCUUGGCAAUCAAAAGUUGAUAAUAGAUUACAAUAUCCAGAAAGUGAUAAUGGUAGAAAAUAUGAAUACAGUAGAGGGCAAACUGAAAGAUCUUAUCCAGCAGAAAAUGAUUAUGAACAAUAUUAUAGUAGUAAAUCAAGACACGAGGAACCUUAUACAAGAAAUGAUGAUUGGGAUAGAAAAUCUUCUUCUUAUCCAAGAGGUAACAACGACGAUCUGAAAAGAUCUUCAUAUGAUGAUUAUAAAAAUUCAAAUUUUCGUGGUGGUGACGGUGGUGGCGGCGGAUUUAAUAGAGGAUCUAAGUAUCCUCCUAACAGGGGUUAUAAAGGAUCAGAGACCACUAUUCCUCCAAAGUUGAAUGAUUACAAAAGAUUAAAAUCAUAUGACGGUAAAUCAUCUUCUAGAUACGACGAAGGAUCAAGAGAUUAUGACAAGCAGGCAGGAAAUGAAUCACCGACAGAAUUUACUGAUGUGCCUAUGUGGGAAGAAGAUAAAUAUGGAAUAAAGAGUCAUAUCCCUAGUAAAGUUGAAAUUGAAAAUCCAAAUGAUCCCUGGGGAAUACCUGCAUCACCAUCAGAUCCUAAUCAUUGGGAUAAUUUUUGGGAUGAUUCAUGGGGUACAAUGCCAA